UGCAGUCAGGCUGGUGUGGUUCUAGCUGAUAGCCACUGGUGUACAUUGUACUUUGACCAGAGCAGGUUGUUUUGUGUGCCUCGCGCAACAAGUGAGGAUUCCUCUUCGUCGUCCUGUGGAUACAUCAUCACCUGCUCCACAUCUGGAUUAACUCUGAUUUUAAGGAUCCCCACUGCUGUCAUGUCGACAUCUGUGCAGGUAGAGCCAGUCAUGGAGAAGAUCUAUGCAGGAGUCGGCCGCUGCAAGUGCUCAUUCUGGUUCGCGGUGGCCCACGACAUACUGGGCGUCUUAAUCAUGAUGGUGGGGGUGUUUGGAGGCCUGAUCAUCCACGAUUUGUUCAUCUAUGCCGGGGCCAUCAUCAUCUUCCUCAGCCUGAUCUGGUGGGUGUUCUGGUAUGCAGGGAACAUCGACGUGCCACCGGAGGAGCUGGAGGACGACGUGGGCAAGAUGAAGCUGAAGAACCGUGGAAUCAGCCAGGUCGUGAGGCGAGCGUCCAGCAGGAUCAGGAGCUCUUUCAGGAAGAGCGGCAGGUCUUUCAGAGAGGACCCGGCAGCCACCGCUCCAGACGAGCCACUCUCCACCAUAUAUGACAGCACCAUCGCCUCCUCAUCAAAUGAACUUGUGAGAGAACAGCUAUCAGUAUGAACUAAUACAUAACAGACUGUAAAUCCCACCAAGAGAUGCUCAACUUGGAUAUUUAUGCUUGUUUUCUUUGCUCAUCGUUUUACUCUGUUCAGAGGGAUUUUGUGUUUGCUCACCUAACAUGCAGCAGUAAUGAUUAGACAGCGCUCAGGUGUUGUCUAGAUAAGAUUCACAUGCUCAUAUCUUGCUGAUAAGAUGUGAACUUUGCACACUGUAACUCUGAUUUGAGGUGCACAGCUGUCUCACCAGUCAGCAGUCGUGAUGGACUGACGGCUAGAUUUUAAAGAGCAGAGCUGUGGUGACUGUAAAUAGAAAACAAGAGGGUCUAAUAAUCCGAUUACUCUUGUUAGAUCUUUCACCAGAAUAUGCGCAGCUGCUUUUACUUUCAAGCCCUGCUGUGUGCUUGUAUUUGUGUCGGCCUGAACCCCUGACAUAAAUCUACAACAGAAAAACCUCAAACAAAGAAACUGCACCUUUCAGAGGGUCCCAGUCAGAGUCCAGACCUCCAGAUACUGUGGCGUGACCUCAGGAGAUAUGUUCACACCAGGAAUCAUAGGAAACAACUGAGCUGAAGCCGUUCUGUGAGGAAAAAUGGUCCAAAAACAUUAUCGUGCAGAUCUGACCUGCAGCUGCUGGAAACUUGUUUGCUGCAAAGGAGGAGCCACCAGAAGUUAAAUUUAAUGAUAUCCCGACUUUUCCCACCAGCACUUGGAAUAUUUAAUGGAUGUAUUCAGACUUCCUGAUUUGUUUGUAAGAUGUUAUAAUCGUGUGUUACUUUGCUUUAAAAUCCACUCCAGGCAUGUUUAAAAUAUAUACAUAUAUAUAAAUACUCUGCUUUGAUAAUAA